CCUCCCUGUCUCCACCUCGCUCACCGUCCCCCAGUGUUGCACUUCUGGCUCCUGUGGGAACUGCCUGAAGUUCUGACCCCUGAACCCAAAGAGGAGGAGGAGGAAGAGCAAGAAGAAGUCAAAGCCUGGGAACCUGCACUUCUGACAGUGACCUAGAGCCACAAAGCAACGCCUAGUGCCUGCUUGUAGCCCUUCACAACAGCAGGAGCCAGCUGUGUCCACCCUGCCCAGGGCUCCUGUGCUGGAGGUCACCCCCAAGAUGGUGGUGGCUCCAGGGAGGACUGUGCUACCGGUCCCGCCCUCUGGCCGCUAGGUCCUUCUGUUCUCUGGCCCUUCACCCCAGCUGGGUCUAUAAGGGGCUGAAGUGUGGGCCAUGCUGCGCCUGGGGCUGUGCGCGGCGGCGCUGCUGUGCGUGUGCCAGCCGGGUGCUGUGCAUGCUGACUGCUGGCUCAUCGAGGGGGACAAGGGCUACGUGUGGCUGGCCAUCUGCAGCCAGAACCAGCCGCCAUAUGAGACCAUCCCCCAGCACAUCAACAGCACUGUGCACGACCUGCGGCUCAACGAGAACAAGCUCAAGGCUGUGCUCUACUCCUCGCUCAAUCGCUUCGGGAACCUCACGGACCUCAACCUCACCAAGAAUGAGAUCUCCUACAUUGAGGAUGGUGCCUUCUUGGGCCAGACGAGCCUGCAGGUCCUUCAGCUGGGCUACAACCGGCUCAGCAACCUGACUGAGGGCAUGCUGCGUGGCAUGAGCCGCCUGCAGUUCCUCUUUGUCCAGCACAACCUCAUCGAGGUGGUGACGCCCACCGCCUUCUCCGAGUGCCCCAGCCUCAUUAGCAUCGAUCUGUCCUCCAACCGCCUCAGCCGUCUUGAUGGCGCCACCUUUGCCAGCCUUGCCAGCCUGAUGGUGUGUGAGCUGGCCGGCAACCCCUUCAACUGUGAGUGUGACCUCUUCGGCUUCCUCGCCUGGCUUGUGGUCUUCAACAAUGUCACCAAGAACUAUGACCGCCUGCAGUGUGAGUCACCGAGGGAGUUUGCUGGUUACCCAUUGCUUGUGCCCCGACCUUACCAUAGCCUCAAUGCCAUAACUGUCCUGCAGGCCAAGUGCCGCAAUGGCUCCCUGCUUGCCCGGCCUGUGAGUCACCCCACGCCCUACUCCACGGAUGCCCAGAGGGAGCCCGAUGAGAAUUCAGGCUUCAAUCCUGAUGAGAUUCUCUCAGUGGAGCCGCCAGCCUCGUCUACCACAGAUGCGUCUGCUGGACCUGCCAUCAAACUGCACCAAGUCACCUUCACCUCGGCCACCCUGGUUGUCAUCAUCCCGCAUCCUUACAGCAAGAUGUACGUACUGGUCCAGUACAACAACAGCUACUUCUCUGAUGUCAUGACGCUCAAGAACAAGAAAGAGAUUGUGACGCUGGACAAGCUGCGGGCGCACACCGAGUACACCUUCUGUGUCACCUCGCUGCGUAACAGCCGCCGCUUCAACCACACCUGUCUGACCUUCACCACGCGGGACCCCGUGCCCGGGGACCUGGCCCCCAGCACCUCCACCACCACACAUUACAUCAUGACGAUCCUGGGCUGCCUCUUCGGCAUGGUCAUCGUGCUGGGGGCGGUCUACUACUGCCUGCGCAAGCGACGCAUGCAGGAGGAGAAGCAGAAGUCUGUCAAUGUCAAGAAGACUAUCUUGGAGAUGCGCUAUGGUGCUGACGUGGAUGCCGGCACCAUUGUGCAUGCGGCCCAGAAGCUGGGUGAGCCACCCGUGCUGCCUGUGGCCCGCAUGUCCUCUAUUCCCUCCAUAAUCGGGGAGAAGCUGCCCACUUCCAAAGGGCUGGAGGCCGGGCUAGAAACGCCCAAGGUAGCUACCAAAGGCAACUACAUUGAGGUGCGCACGGGUGCUGCAGGGGACAGCCUGGCCCGGCCUGAGGAAGAUCUCCCAGACAUUGAAAAUGGCCAGGGCUCAGCGGCUGAGAUCUCCACCAUUGCCAAGGAAGUGGACAAGGUCAACCAGAUCAUUAACAAUUGUAUCGAUGCCCUCAAGCUUGACUCAGCCUCUUUCCUAGGGGGUGGCAGUGGUGGUGGGGACUCUGAUCUGGCCUUCGAGUGCCAGUCCCUCCCUGCAGCUACUGCUGCCCCCUCAGCUGCCGCCCCUGGGGCUCUAGAGCGACCCAGCUUCCUGUCACCCCCUUUCAAGGAGAGUUCCCACCACCCGCUGCAGCGCCAGCUGAGCGCUGAUGCCGCGGUAUCCCGCAAGACCUGCAGCGUAUCAUCCAGUGGCUCCAUCAAGAGUGCCAAGGUCUUCAGCCUGGACGUGCCGGACCAUCCGAGUACCCCCGGGCUGACUAAGGCCGACUCCAAGUACAUAGAAAAAGGCAGCCCACUCAACAGCCCGCUGGACCGGCUUCCACUGGUGCCCACGAGCAGCAGUGGUAGCAGUGGUGGGGGUGGUGGCAUUCACCACCUGGAGGUAAAGCCAGCCUACCACUGCAGCGAGCACCGGCACAGCUUUCCUGCUCUCUACUACGAGGAGGGCAACGACAGCCUGAGCCAGCGCGUAUCCUUCCUCAAGCCACUGACCCGUUCCAAGCGUGACUCCACCUAUUCUCAGCUCUCCCCCAGACAUUACUACUCAGGGUAUUCCUCCAGCCCUGAGUAUUCGUCUGAGAGCACACAUAAGAUCUGGGAGCGCUUCCGGCCCUACAAGAAGCACCACCGCGAGGAGGUGUACAUGGCUGCUGGCCAUGCCCUGCGCAAGAAGGUCCAGUUCGCCAAGGAUGAGGACCUGCAUGACAUCCUUGAUUACUGGAAGGGGGUCUCAGCCCAGCAGAAGCUGUGACCCUCUCCUCCCCCACCGGUGAGGUGAGGGGGAGGGCAGGGGCACUCGGGGGGAUGGGCCCCGCCAGGGUGGCCGGGAGGCGGGGGACAGGCCAAAGGGUCCGGACCAAGGGGCCCGGGCCUAGGAGUGGACGUACACGCACACCCGCACGCACGCGCACACACACACAUACACUUGACCACCACCUGACUGUGAAGCAACACCCAACAAUAACGGGCAGGAAAACAAACAUUUUCCUUAAAGUUUACAACCUGCUACCGAAACCAGUUGUCUCUACUGUGCUGCCCAAGGGACUCAUGGGGCUGGGGAAAGAGACCAGAGAAGGUGUGGGGUCUGGGACUCAGGCGGGUUUGAUGGAAAAAGAGAUUGGGGUAGAAGCAAACCAUAGCUAGCCCUCUUGUUCAAGGAGGGUAUCCUCCAAGCUGGGGAACAUUUCCCUUGAAGAUCUGGCAGCAUGUGGAUGUUGGGCAUCCUCUCCUCCCACUUUAUGGAUGGCCCAGAGAGGAAAAGCCCCAGGGGUCUCACCCACCAGGUUACAGCUUUGUCUCCCAGCUUCCUGGCCCAGUGCUGGCCCCGCCUCCAGCUGCUCCUCUGGGCCCCACCCCCUCCACCAACUACUCCUUCCAAAGCUGUGGUCUCAGGGGGCUAGGGACUGAGGUAGGCAGGUGCUUUUCUUCUCCAGAAAGUUCAUGGGCACCCACAAAGUGAAAGACUAUGGUCCCUAGCCCUAGAUGGUCAGGGGAGAGGAAUGUCCUGCUGACCAGAGAGAAGCCGAGGCAAAGGGUGCCACCAACCCCCUUCACGUGUCUUCCAAGUAGCCCCAGGGAGCUGCCUGGGGUUGGGGUGGUGGGCCGACCUGCUCCCCACUGGUAUCUCAGGUGCAGGCCCCCAUGCCACAGCCCCUUAGUUUCUCUGGGUCUCCCAGACCCCUAUCCACUACAGAGAGGCAACAGUGAAUGGCAAGGCCUGGGGCCAGUGUGGAGGCGAUCUGGAAUGUGGGGAUUCCUCUCUGCACCCUGUACCCACACUUGCUUGGCCCCUGCUGUGUGCAGCAUCUUGGCCUGCCUAGGAAGGCAUCUGCCUCCACCCUACCCUGUCUCACUCCCUGGCUAGAGGGGCUCCCAUGUUUCCAUGGCAAUGACCACAGUCCUUCUUCUGACCCACUCCCAACACCAAUCAAAGCACAAACAGUGAGGUGCCCCCUACAGCCCUGGUCAGGGAGCAGGCCAGGUUCCUGGCCCCUCCCCUUCCCUAGCUAGUCUGUUGCCACGGCAACCCAGUGCCUGGCAGUUGGUGCCCAGAGGGACUAACUGACCAACCGUUGGGCUCUGAAGUUCUCUCAGUGUGGGUGGCAGCAGAGGGUGGUUAAGGAGGCCUGGCUAGGUGGCAGAUCUCUCAAGAGCCAGCAGCUUCUAGGGAUAAACUCUGGAGGUUCUUCUGGAGACCCGAGGCUAGCCUAUGGCACCGCCUUUGCCUUUGAGUAGGCAGUGGGCCUAUGGAGGAUGGGGAUAGUCGCACUAGGCAGUUCUGCCCCCUGCCCGUGUGCCUUUUGGCUUGCCAUUGAGAUAGGGAGGAACCUCCUUGGCUCUACCCCGAACCCUUCCAGAGACCCUCACUCCUGUCACUCUUUUGGGUUUCUUGAGAUGAGAGAGUGUGACUGUGGAGUGUGUGUGGGGGGGAAUGGGGGUGGCAUCUCAUUUGACCA